AUGGAGGAAGUGUGUAUGGAGAGUGUGAUUGAUGCUGAGGAGAAGCAGACGAGGUUCCAGGUAUCUCAUAAAUUGCGGGAACCGUACAAGAAGUGGACAGAGGAUGAGAAGGACAAGGCUGCUAUGGAGGGAUUUACGCGGUUACCUUGCCAGGCCCGCCGCGGCCUAGUCAACCUCGGACAAACCUGCUUCCUCAAUGCCGUCCUCCAAUGUCUAGUCCACAACCCCCUCCUCCGCAACUACUUCCUCAGCGACAAACACAACUGGCGCCAAUGUAAACUCGAGCACUGUGCAUGUUGCGAGAUGGAUAAACUCUUUACCGAGAUCUAUUCUAUACCUACGCCUCCACCGUCCACCAACACCCCUGCAAACUCCACACCUCUUACGCUCUCAUCCUCGCUCAACCCACCACCUUUGCCCUCCCAGCACCCGCACCCGACCCAGCCAGGCCCACAUGCGCCCCAUACGUUCCUUCACACGCUGUACAAAACGUCGCCUGAUUUAUCGUCCUAUGCGCAACAUGACGCGCAUGAGACGUUCAUCUCGUUGUUGAAUUUGAUACAUAGUACUACGAGGGGGAGUACAAAUGUUAGUUGUAAUUGUGUUAUUCAUGGGGUGUUUGGUGGGCAGUUGCAGAGCGAUGUACGCUGUGAACGGUGCGGGAAUACGACGACGGCUAUUGAUCCCAUGUUGGAUGUUAGUCUUGAGAUUGGGAGGGCUGGUGGGAGUAAAGGUGGUCCCAAGGCAGCGGAGGAGUUGACCUUGGCUGGGUGCUUGAGGAGGUUCACGACUUCGGAGAAGUUGGGAUUGAAAGAGUAUACGUGUACGAAGUGUAAUAAAGUUACUACGGAUGCGAGUAAGCGGAUGAGUAUACGGCAGUUACCCGCUGUAUUGAGUUUUCAGUUCAAGGUGCGCUUUAUAGCUGGGGUCAUCCCUCCUCCACCAUCCCUCCUCUUCAUCUUCAAAUUCUUCAUCUCUCGUCCACCAUCUAACCACACCUCCGCUCCACUCCUAAAACAGCGCUUCGAACAACGAACAAACGACAAAUCCUCCGCUCGUAAACUCGACACGCCGGUUCGGAUCCCUGCGUCGAUUAAUAUGGCGCCGUAUACGUCUGCUGUGUUGAAGGAGAUGGAUAAGGAGAACUCGGCUGGGGGUGGUGUUGGUGCUGGUGUGCCGUUUAUAUACCCAGGACCGGAGGCCAUAUAUGAAUAUGAUCUCUUCGCUGUGAUUAACCAUGAAGGUCAGAUUGAUAAUGGGCAUUAUACGAAUUAUGCGAGGUUUGAAGAUGAGUGGUAUCGCUUCGACGAUGACAAGGUAACACACUCGAGCCUCGGCCAAUGUCUCUCCUCGAAUCCGUACAUGUGUUUUUACGUGAAGCGACACCUGGAUUAUAAGCCGUACAUGACGCCGAGCUAUACUGUGCUUAUGCAGAAGCAGGAGAGGGAGCGGGAGGCGAGGGAGGCGAGAGAGAGGGAGAUGAGUGGGGGGAGUGUUGGUGCUAGUGGGAGUGGGCGGGAGAGAGAUAAAGACAGGGAUAGAGAUAGGGAUAGAGAUAGGGACAGGGAUAGUAGGGACGAAAGGGAUGCAAGGGCUUCGAGGGAUAGAGAUGCGAGAGACGGUAGAGAUCGCGAUAGGGAUAGGGAUAGGGAUAGUAGAGAUGGAAGGGAUGGAAAAGACGGAGGAAAGGGGUAUAGUAAACGCGAGAUGCCGCCUGAGGAAGAUGAUAUCAUGAAAGAGAUUGACGAUGCUCUACUUGCUACUGUGUAA